UUAUAUAUUUUAGUAUUCAUUUUAGUAUAUUCUAUUAAAGCAUUUUAACAUGAAUGUAUAUUAAGAAUGUUUUGAUCUUUUUUAUAUUUUGAUAUAAAGUGAUACGUGCUGUUAUUCAUCAUAACAUAACAUAACUAUAUAAAGUGCAACUGGGUGAAUCUCACAAAGAAAUGUGACCCUGGACCACAAAACCAGUCUUAAUCGCUGGGGUAUAUUUGUAGCAAUAGCCAAAUAUACAUUGUAUGGGUCAAAAUGAUCGUAUUUUCUUUUAUGCCAAAAAUCAUAGGAUAUUUCAUGUUCCAUGAAAAUAUUUUGUAAAUUUCCUACUGUAAAUAUAUCAAAACUUAAUUUUUGAUUAGUAAUAUGCACUGCUAAGAACUUAAUUUGGACAACUUUAAAAGCGAUUUUCUCAAUAUUUUUUUUUUUUUGCACCCUCAGAUUCCAGAUUUUCAAAUAGUUGUGUCUCAGCCAAAUAUUGUCAUAUCCUAACUAACCAUACAUCAAUGGAAAGCUUAUUUAUUCAGCUUUCGGAUUAUGUAUAAAUCUCAAUUUCAAAAAAUUGACCCUUAUGAGUGGUUUUGUGGUCCAUGGUCACAAAAGUCACUAAGACUUAAUUACAAAUAAUAAUAAUAAUAUUAGUUCAUAAAUUGGGCUUAAUUUUAUUCAUGCAAAAUAUAUUUUUUCUUUUCUUUUUUUCCUUUCAUUUUUGUGAGAUUUCCCCAGCUAUAUAUUGUUAUGUAUGCCCACAAUAUUGAUUCAAACUCUUGUGUGCAAAGCAGCGGUCGAUAAUGCUGUUUUGUUCUCUUGGCAAGAUAAAUAAAUUUACAUUUCAGGAUUUUUUACACAAUUGUGUCUUUCUCCAAUUUCCUAUAAGCGUUCAAUGUUUAACCUGUGUUGCACUUAGUCCUCUAAGUUAAACAAUCAAUCAGUCCAAAAAUAACAGUGUAAAUGUUACGCAAUACUUCUGAUUCUAGGAAGAGAUAUCAAUAUUUAUGCCUUGGUGCAAAAUCCCUGAGUGUCAUUCUGAUCCAUUUAGCUGUGAAGUGAUAUUUACCUGUUUCUCCUUCUCCAUGGAAACCAUUUACAAGCGUGCCUGUGACAAAUCCACAUCUGUCCCCUAAAUCACUUACCACAGACUGCAGGAAGGGGGAAGGAGAGACACAUUUACCUUCAGCCCUGGAUUGGACGUACAAACACAUGCCAAGAGAUGGAAACUCUAAUGGAGGGAAAGUCGGAGCGUUUCUACCUAGUUGCAGAAGACCUUUUUUUAUCUCUGCUUUGUUCAUUUGGCAAUUGGUACAACAAGUCAGGUCGAGCUGAGCUUCAUAUACGUUCUUCUAAUUUCUCGAACUCCUCUGAAAGCCCAGCGGAGAUGUUUGCGCACGAGUGGCAUGGAUUCAUCCCUCCCUGCCACAUGAGGGUGCUUCAGCUGUGCCCCGUUUUGGCCUUCCUGGCCAUUCUGCUGAUCACUCCAGUUCUUCUAGUACGUAUCCUGUCCCGAGUUGACCUGCGGCAGCAGACGCGUUACCUCCUCCUGGCCAAUGUUCUCUUCAGUGACCUGCUCUUUGUUUGCAUGAACAUCCUGAGUGGCUGCAUCAAUUUAGCUGGUGUGUUGAUGACGGAGUGGCCGUGUGCCGUGCUGCUCUUCCUGUCUGCGGUCUUAUACAGCUCUGGGGUACUAAGCAUUACAGCAAUGGUGCUGGAUACCUGCUUUGCAGUGUUAGCCCCAUUUCGCUACCUGGCACUGUGGCCUGUGUCGCGGACCUACGGAGCAAUUGCCGCCAUUUGGGUCAUCUCUGUCUUUUUCCCUGCGGCCACUGUUGGCAUGUUUUUGUGGUACCAUAGUACGACCCCCUGCGCCCUCCACCUCUGCUCCUUUCCUUUGCUGAUGGUUUUGACCGUAAGCCACUUUCACCCACUUCACGUCUCCAUGCUGCUGGCGGUCACAGGUAUCAUUUUCAUCCUCCUUCUGGUGUUGUCUGGUUACCUCAUCCUCUACUUUUGUACCCGUAGUUCAGGCGUAUGGAAGGGCAAAACAUCAUCUCGUGCUAGAGGAACAUUUCUCAUCCAUUAUCUCCACCUGUUCCUGGCUUUCUGUCCCCUGCUGGUUUUGAUGAUCGAGCUUAUGCUUUGCCAAAACAGUGAGACUAUGGACCCCAAAGCAAGCCUGUGGAUGUCCCUGGUGGUGUGUAACGUCUUGCUCAUCCUGCCCAAAGCCUUGGCGCCGUACCUGUAUGGGCUCCGCUAUAGAGAACUGUGCAACUUGCUGUUCCAGUUCUUUCACCUGAACAGGCCAACUACUAUCACACCUGUGAUAUAAAUAUGCUUAUUUGAACUUGUGUAAAAGACUUUUAAGGCAUUGCUGAACUUUUCAUCAACCAGUUAAAACUGCCAGUUAAACCAGUUAAAACUGCUCAACUGGGGUUUGUAAGUAAUAAUAUGAUAUGUCACAAAAAUAUGUGAGAAUAAUCAAAAAUGUACAUUCAGUUGUGGUAAUUAUGGCAUUUAUUGUGUUUAAUAUGAUACUGUGUAUUUACUAAUGGUAUUCACUAUGUAUUUUGGUUACUAACUCUAUUUCUAGCCUAUCAAUAAUAAAAACUACUAU